CCCGGAAACCCCUGUAGGCCCCGGCUCCGCUUUUUGAAGAAAAGAGAGAAUGCGUCUUAUCAUCCGUGACGAUGCAGCCGCCGUCGGCGAGUACAUCGGGAACUACAUUGCCAAGCGAAUUGUCGACUUCAAUCCGACAGCGGAGCGGCCGUUCGUGCUUGGCCUCCCAACGGGCUCGUCGCCCAUCCUGACGUAUAAGCAUCUCAUCAAGCUCGUCAAGGCCGGCAAGCUCUCGUUCAAGCAUGUCGUUACAUUCAACAUGGACGAGUACGUCAAGCUGCCCGAGGACCACCCCGAGAGCUACCACACAUUCAUGUUCCGCGAGUUCUUCUCGCACAUCGAUGUCUCGCCCUCGCAGGUGAACAUCCUGAACGGCAACGCCAAGGACUUGAUCGGGGAGUGCAACGCGUACGAAGCCAAGAUCAAGAGCUACGGUGGCAUCGAGCUCUUCCUCGGCGGCAUCGGUGAGGACGGGCACAUCGCAUUCAACGAGCCCGGCUCGUCUCUCCAGUCGCGCACGCGCAUCAAGACUCUCGCGUACGACACCAUCCUCGCCAACGCCCGCUUCUUCGGGAACGACAUCUCCAAGGUGCCCCGCAUGGCCCUCACCGUCGGCGUGCAGACCGUGCUCGACAGCCGCGAGGUCGUCGUCGUCGUUACCGGUCAACGCAAGGCCCUCGCGCUCAGCCAGGCCAUCGAGAACGGUGUCAACCAUCUUUGGACGCUUUCUGCGCUGCAGACCCACCCCUGGGCGCUCAUUGUCGCAGACGAGGACGCGACGGCGGAGCUCAAGGUCAAAACCGUCAAAUACUUCAAGUCCAUCGAGCGUGUGCAGGAGGAGGUCGAGGAGAUGCACGCUCGGCUGAAGGACACCCCAGCCGAGCCUGACCAGGUUGGUAGCAUGGAGUGAGCGCGUCGACGCCCCACUGUUUACUCAGAAGAAUACCCUUCUUUGUUCCGCUAGACACAAAAUUGAACCGUACACUCUACGGAGAGGAUUAACUGGGGUCGCAGGGGUGCGAAAGUGAGUCGUUGCUACCUAGAACGUGUCGAUCUGGAAGGUUCUGUAUAACUAGAGUGGUUUGGAUUGGAUAGACUUGCAAUUCAAUA